AUGGGCUCCCGAUUAACACGAAGUUCAUGGGAUCCAGGAGGAGCAUCCUUUCACUUUCGUGCCAAAGGGACGAUGAAAAUAGACUUUGUGGACGCAUGGCGCACCACCGAGUCAUCGUGGGCGGAAUCGAACUCAACCCCGGCGAUAACACACCACAAAAGAUCUAUCUUUUGGUAUAAACAGAGAAGAGCAGAUUGCUCCUGUUGCACCAACACAACCGGAAAAAGGGCAAAAUGGGCAAAAGUAAAAUUAGAUGCUCGGUUUCCUGAGCUCUGGCGAAGCCGGAAGCGUCAGAAACGUAUGACUGAGUUGUGA